CGUCGAGUCUAUCAUUCACUUCUGUAAUAAUAAGUCAAGUGCUUUAGAACUUCAACAUGAAAAAUUUUCUUAUUCAUGUGAGUUUACUUGCCGUUUCGAUUGGAUUGUGUGUGUCAUCGUCAACAGCAGGCCGACAAAAUGUGCAGGUAAAUGCUAUGCAAGAGCGAGUAUAUAGCAACUGGACACUCCUGCAAUCAAAUCGCCCUCCGACGCCAACCGUCGAUUCACCCCUUCUGAGAGAAACAUCAUGCGGGAAAAAGACCACUUCGCUGAUGACCCACUCGACUGGAAGGAUUGCCGGAGGAAGUGUGGCCACACCCAACGAAUAUCCAUGGAUGGUGUAUCUACAGAUUUAUACUUCGAAAUUCUCUGCCUACUACUACGUUUGCGGCGGAACUUUAAUUAGCAAUCAAUGGAUUUUGACUUCCGCCAAUUGCUUGGAGGGAGCGCAAUCUAUAAAUGUUUAUCUCGGAGCUCACGACAUCAAUUCUCAAAAUGAAUGGCAAAGAAUUAUGUACACGACCACCGUUUACAUCAAGCACCCGAAUUGGAAUUCGCAGACUAACACUGCUGAUGAUAUCGCUCUAAUCAAACUACCAGUGGCCAUCAAUUAUAACGCUUAUAUAAAAUCAAUUUGCUUACCUUCCUUUGACGAUCCCAGCCACGAAGGUGAUACAGUUUUCCUUACCGGAUGGGGAAGAACAUCUGGCUACGACAUCAAUGGGCCUUUAAGUCCGACUUUAAGGGAGACAACUUCCACCGUAAUCAGCAACGCGGAAUGCUCCGCAGUUUAUGGAGGUAGUAUAAUUACUGCUAAUACCAUAUGCAGUAGCGGCGCUGGAGGUAAAGGGAUCUGUCCGAGUGACAACGGAGGGCCUAUGAGUUACAUGACAACGGACGGAAAUUUCGUACAGAUUGGAGUUGCCUCAUUCUAUUCUUCAACGGGUUGCGAAAAUGGCCAUCCUUCUGGGUUCACUCGUAUUCGUAACUACCUUGAUUGGAUAUCUACAGAAACGGGCGUCAUCACUCCGAAUUCAGCAUCAGCCAUGGGGAAUUCAAUUUGUUUCAAAUUAGUAAUUGUACUUGUUUUUGCCAUUCAUUAUUUUUAAAGUGUGUAAUUUAAAAAAAAAAAUACUUAAUAGUACUAGCCACACGA